AUGCCCACAUCCAAUCAAUCCGCGGGUGGUGGCAGUGGCGGCAUGGGGUCAUUAAGCGUUGAUGAAGAAGCCGCGUCACUGGUUCCUACAGCCACCAGUAUAGAAAUUCCUUCAGCGGCAGUGGUGGCAGUGUCGCAUACCCCUACGAAUGCCAUCUUGAGGUUGGCAGUAACCACCUUUUGGGAAGAAGUUUGGGCGUCCACGGAACUUUUGUUCCAGAGCAAGUUGACAUGGCUGCUGCUGAUGGGGCCUAUAGCGGUGUUUGGUGACUCCACGGGGCUUGUGGGAGAAGCCACCUGCUUUACGUGCGCUGGAUUGGCUCUGAUCCCCUGUGCUGAACGACUUUCAUUUGUCACUGAACAAGUAGCAGAACACACUAACGGUACCAUUGGAGCCUUGCUGAAUGCAACAUUCGGGAACGCUCCUGAACUAUUGAUUGCCACGGCGGCUCUACGGUCUGGGUUCUACCGUGUGGUCCAGCUUGCCAUGCUGGGCUCUAUCUUGACCAAUUUACUAUUUGUCUUUGGAAUGUCCUGCCUCAUUGGCGGAAUGCGGUGGCAAGUCCAAGAAAUUCGCGUCAUUUCGGGCAAUGUCUCGGUGGGGAUGCUCUAUUUGGCCACUGCAGGAUCCCUCUUGCCAGCGGCCUUGUUCUUAUCGGGACAGUUGCCUAGCAAGGCGCUCAAUGAUGAUGUUCCUACCAAGGAGGAACUUGUUUUUUGCAGGAUAAAUGCCUUCGUCAUGGUGAUUUUAUACCUAUGCUACUUGUUGUUCCAGUUGGGAACACACAAGGAGGAAUUUGAUGAUAACAAUGAACAAUCUACCGCAAAGCUGAAUCACCCCGCCAAAAGGAAUCUCUGGUGUCAACGUCGUGUCUUUCGUGGAAUGAACAGACAACAACAACUCCAUGUGGAAACACCAACGUCUGCUUCUAUCCCUCCUCCUAGGAGACUGGACAAAGUGCACAAAUCAAGUUCCAACUUUGGAACCAAACGCAGCAUUGCAGAGGAAUCUCAAUCAUUAUCCAGCAAGAGCAGUCUGAGCGAUACUGAAUAUGAUGAAAGUGAUUAUCCAGAGAACCAAGGCAAUAUACCAUUACAACCACUUUCAUCGCCCAAGUCUAGGAGACGGCGGAGGUUACGGAAGCGAAAGGGCGACUCUGGAGGGUUGGACAGGUCGUCCUCCUCGCAUGGAUCGGAUGAUAGGCAUUCUCUGUCAAACGGGCUGAACCCUUCGAAUCCAGUUCCACAACAAGCGCCACCAAACGCCCAUGAACCCCCACUGUUAUCAUUUCGUGCUGGUUUACUCUGGCUGUUUAUCAUCACACUGUGUAUAUCCUCCAUGAGUGACAUUCUUGUGGAUACGCUCGAGGGAUUUGCACAACGAUCCAACCUCAGUCAAGUAUUCACUUCGCUGGUGGUGGUACCCUACUUUUCGAACAUUGCCGAGCAAGCCAGUGCGAUUUUGUUUGCCUAUCGAAAUGAAAUGGAUCUUUGCAUUGGUGUCACUGUGGGCAGUGCGGUUCAAAUUGGGGCACUGGUCAUGCCUGGAAGUGUACUGAUUGGGUACAUGAUGGAUCGUUCCAUGACCUUGUACUUUCAUGGGUUUGAAACGAUGUGUUAUUUGUUUGCUGUGGUAGUCGUGGCGGCUGUCGUACAGGGCGGCACAACCAACUGGUUAGUGGGUGCCACGAUGAUUGGCGUCUAUGUCAUGAUGGCAGCAGGCUUUUGGGUCCACGAAACGGAAAACCUCUCGAUCGAUGCAGAAAUGGUGAUUCGAAAUACAACCAAUGGUGGACUAUAA